GCUGCCGCCCACCGUCCCCGCUCGCAACUUUCAAAACCCCGAUAGUCGUCUAGUCGUCCUGUCGGCUGUCUCUGUGUGGAGUUUGUCUGGGGUCCAUUUCUUUCACCUACCUACUACUUUGGCUCCUCACUCACUCUCUUUUUCCCUGUCGAGCGCAUCUUUAAGUAUAAUCUUCCCUUCUCUUUCUUUCAAAAUUUUGUUCUAGAAUAUGUUCUCUAUCUCGCUUUUUCCUUUUCAAACUCAGUGAACACCAUUCGUUGCUCCAUCACCAAGAAAAGUGCCGCCCAUAAGGAGAUAAAUGAGCCAUGCCCAGAACCCAGAACUUUGAUUUGAUUAUAAAAGCUCUCUCUCUUUCUCUUUUAAUCAUUUGACGCGGCAUGCGUUUCUUUUGAAUUCAAGAAUAUCAUAGUGGAAGUAGUAGUUUUCUUUAUUCUUCUUGCUCGUCUUCUUUUCUUUUCGGUUUGUGUUUUGUGCCCUUCUCUCUAUCUUUGCUGUUGCAAUUCAGUUUGGAGAAAUUGGGUAUGGAGCCUUCGGUUCUUGACGGUUUGAUUAGUAGGCUGCUUGAAGUUAGAGGCAGACCAGGGAAACAGGUGCAGCUCUCUGAGGGUGAGACUAGGCAGCUCUGUCUCACCUCCAGGACCAUUUUCUUGAAGCAGCCAAACCUUUUGGAGCUUGAAGCACCUAUCAAAAUCUGUGGGGACGUACAUGGUCAAUAUUCAGAUCUUCUGAAGCUUUUAGAAUCUGGCGGGUUUCCUCCUCGUGCCAAUUACUUAUUCUUGGGAGAUUAUGUGGAUCGUGGAAAGCAAAGCCUGGAAACAAUUUGCCUUCUCCUUGCAUACAAGAUAAAAUACCCUGAGAACUUUUUCCUUUUGAGGGGUAACCAUGAAUGUGCUUCCGUGAACCGUAUAUAUGGAUUCUAUGAUGAGUGUAAACGUCGGUUUAAUGUCAGACUUUGGAGGAUAUUCACAGAUUGUUUCAAUUGCCUCCCUGUGGCUGCGCUCGUUGAUGGAAAGAUACUCUGCAUGCAUGGUGGAAUUUCUCCUGACCUGCGCAAUUUGGAUCAGAUUAGGAAUUUACAGCGACCUACUGACGUUCCAGAUAGCGGUUUGCUUUGUGAUCUGCUGUGGUCUGAUCCUUCUAAUGACAUACAAGGUUGGGGUGCGAAUGAUAGAGGAGUUUCCUAUACUUUCGGGGCUGAUAGGGUGAUAGAAUUUCUUAAGAAGCAUGAUAUCGAUUUGAUUGUUAGAGCUCACCAGGUUGUGGAAGAUGGAUAUGAGUUCUUUGCUAAUAAGCAACUCGUGACAAUCUUUUCAGCACCAAAUUACUGUGGAGAAUUUGAUAAUGCUGGUGCUAUGAUGAGUGUGGAUGAGAAUCUGAUCUGUUCUUUCCAAAUACUAAAGCCCGCAUGAUGCAGCGAAAUUGAAGACAGCAAUAAGAGAUGCAGAAUAAAGAUUUGAAGGGUAGAUUAGAAGAAGGGACGAUAGAAUCGACUCAAUGGAGUGUCUAGGGUAACAGAAAUUUUGUAUUAUUAUUGAAUAAAAGUCUAAAAAGCCGUCUAUAGCACGAGAUGUUACAAUCCUUAAAU